ACUCGAAUUCUCAAGUUGUACGGGUUUGUUAAGCACCGUUAAGCUUAACGAGAUAGUAGUGUAGCUCGAGAGAGUCUCUCGGGAGGCUGGAUUAGCCACAAGUUGUGGUGAACCAGGGUAAAAUCGGUCCUAUACCCCAAUAUAAAUGAGGCCAUCUAGCUAGUUGCAUUGCCUGCACGAGAGUACAUACUUACGCUAAAACACAACAUGUGGAAAUGGGUGCGCCCAAAGAAAGUACAUGCGAUUAGUGAGAAAACAACUGAACUUUGGGGUAAAAUUAAACACUCCACCUUCUCCACUACCAGCAGCGGCGGUAAACAUAACAAAGAAGCUAGUACGACAACAAGCCACGGCGGCGGCGUGAACAAGCGGAGAUGCGGCUGCGGUUGCUGCCUCAUCAUCUUCGGCGGCAUACUCCUCAUUCUCUUGGGCAUUGUGGGUUUAUUGAUAUGGUACGCGCGGCCUUCGCAGCCGGUGGUUACGCUGGCCGGCACCCGCCUCGAGCACAUCAAACUCAAGGUGAAGGUGUUCCCGCCCUCGGUCAAGUUGGAGAUCACCAUGGGCGUCACACUCAACGUCAACAACACCAGCAACGUAGACAUCACGUACCAGGCGGUGACAGUGCAGCUGAGCUACGAGGGCAAGGAGCUGGUCGACUCCACCUCCACCAACGGCGAGAUCAAACCCAUGGAAUCUUCCCCCGUUGACUUAACCCUUGACCUCUCCGCCGACAAAAUCGCAAGCACCGUGCCUUCCUUGAUCGAGGCUGCUGUCAAGAACCAACCCGUUACUUUCGACGCCCUCAUCUCCUUUAAUGGCGAUGCUGGCCUCCCUCCACUCGGUUUCAUCACUUUCUCCCAUCCCCAUUUCGAGGACCACGCAUCCAAGGAGGGAUCAAGCGUUGACUCACAAGUUGGAGAUGAAGUGGACAUCAAACCUAAAGCAAUAAACAAAGAUGACAGGAGGUUCAACGUUGUGGACAAAAAUGAAGGUCCUCUUGCAGAAGAUGUUGCUAAUGUCGACAAGCCAGAUCCUACUUUUCAGGAAUUUUCUACCUCAGCUGGUGUGGUCAUUGCAGAAUAUGAAAUUCCAAAAAGUGUUGACAAAGUAACAGAUGCAGAUGGUAAACAAGCACACUCACUUAUGUUGAUUGACACCAUCAAGUUGUUUGAGCUUGUCGAUGUGGUCAAGACGGAGCACCUGGUUUCGCCGAGAGCAACUACAUAUGUUCUGUGCCCCGUCUCAUCUUUCCAUCACUUUGCUCCAAGAUCCAAGAUGGUUGAAGAUUCAAAGAGUGGAUUGCUCCUUUGGUUUAGCAUUCUUUCUCCGGUUCUAAAGCAUGAGUGGGAGCCUCCACCUUGAGGACAAGGAUUUUGAAAGGCUACAUUGUAUCCUUUUGUUUUGUGAAAUGUGAAGAGUGAUAUUAUUCUAUUUUGGGGUUUUUUAAUUUGAUGUUGGUGGUUGAAGAGAUUCAUUUUUUGUAAUGAUUUUAGAUGUUCAUUUUGGCGUUGUACCGGUUGAUGUUUGUUUUGGUGUUUUGAUGUUCGUUUGGGUAAGAUGAAAAAAUGAAAAAUAAUCUUAGGGCUGAUAU